AUGUUAGCAACGAGCUUAAUCGAACUUCAACAAGCCGAACGUCUGCUACAGUUGGCGAGCAACGAGGCAGAUUUGGUCAAGGAGAUUCAGAACCAGAGGCCUCGAGCCUGGUGUCCUUUGCGACACCCCGACUACCUCCUCCUCGAGAUAGAGGGCAACUUUCGGAUUCGUCCCGUCCAGGAACAGAUCGCUGCCAUCAUGGAAAACCCGCCCAACAACCAAAACGCCGUUUUGCAGCUGAGCAUGGGAGAGGGGAAGAGUACGGUGAUUUCGCCUAUGGUUGCCGCCUCUGUUGCCGACGGCCUGCGAUUGGCAAGGGUUCUUGUGGCGAAGCCGCAAUUCAGGCAAAUGAAUGAGAUUCUCAUUUCAAAGCUUGGAGGUCUUCUCGGGCGCCGAGUCUUUUAUUUGCCAUUUGCAAGAAAAAUCAAUAUCCGGGAGGCCGAGGCGCAGCAUAUUCACAAAAUUUGCACCGACUGCAGAGAUGAAGGAGGGGUUCUGCUCGUACAGCCCGAGCAUAUACUUUCGCUGCAGUUGAUGGCCAUUCUCAAGAGCACAGAAAACGACAAGAGCCCAGAGUUGGGUCAAAUCCUUCUGAAGACGCUGACCCUGUUCCAAAACCAUUCUCAGGAUCUGAUUGACGAGUCUGACGAGAACUUCUCCCCAAAGUUCGAACUUAUCUACACAAAGGGGAAGCAAGGCCCCAUCGGUUUCAGUCCGUACCGCUGGCUGCUCAUUCAUGAAUUGUUAUCCAUGGUUGCCAAGUUCGCAAAGCAAGUUCAGCGUGAAUUGCCUCUCGCCAUCGAGAUUGACGACCAGCACCGGGACCGAUUUCCGCGGGUUCGACUUCUUUCUGAAGAGGCUGGCGCCAAGCUCAACAGUCUGAUUGCGGCACAUGUCUGUCGCGUCGGCCUCAGCUCCGGAUUGGCGAUCGGACGCCAGUCUCACUCUGUCAAAGAUGCAAUUCUUCGUUACAUAAUAGACAGAGAUGUCGACAUUUCGGUCAUUGAGAAAGUCCAGACCAGUGUCUGGACGGAUUCGACUAAGGAUGCUAUUUUGCUGCUACGUGGUCUCCUGGCGGGUGGCGUACUCGCGUUCGCUCUGGCUAGUAAACGGUGGACAGUGGAUUAUGGGCUGGUUUGGAAUCGCCAGCCAGCCACGAAGCUUGCGGUUCCAUACCGAGCCAAAAACGUCCCUUCGCUGGCCUCAGAGUUCAGCCACCCCGAUCUUCAGAUCAUUCUGUCAACCCUGUCAUUCUACUACGGCGGGAUGAGUGACGAAGACUUGGUCGCGUCUCUCAAGCAUGUGUCGCAGUCGGACCAAGCCAAAAAUGAAUUCGCGAACUGGACGGCCAGUACGAGUCUCUCAGAGGCUUUUUGCACCCUGGACGGACUAAACCUAAGCGACGAGACGCGCACCCAAGAAGUCUUUUCCGCUCUGAGAUACUCGAAAGGGGCGAUUGACUACUUUCUAUCUCGCAUUGUGUUUCCAAAGGCGAUCAAGGAAUUUCCCUCCAAGCUUGCGGCCUCAGGCUGGGACAUUGGACGCAUCAAGCCCUAUCCAACCACAGGGUUCUCGGGUACAAAGGAUUCAUCCCAUGCCCUCCCUCUCGAGAUGAGGCAAAUUGAAGCUCCAAACCAGGAGCACACAGAUGCUAUGGUCCUCAGUAACAUGCUUGCGGAGGGAAACAAUGUCGUCUUGCUAUCCGAGAUGGGACACAACGGGCCUUGUUUGGGAAGUCAGCUUAUAAAGGCUAUCGUGGGUAUGAGACCGGGCGUGAGAGUGAUCUUGGACGUGGGAGCUCAAGUCUUGGAGAUGUCGAAUGAGCAGGUUGCCCAGGCCUGGCUGGAAUUGACCGAAAAUCACGACAAGACAGAAGCGGCUCUAUUUUGUGACGAGGAUGACGAGUUUGUCGUCAUCGACCGGCGAGGACACAAGGAGCCUCUGAAAACGUCGCCGUUCGCCAAGCAGCUUGAUUUGUGCCUAAUUUUCAUGGACCAGGCCCGAUGCUUCGGAACUGAUUUGCAGCUCCCUCUUUCGUCGAGGGCGGCGGUGACCCUGGGCGCCAAGACGACAAAGGACAAACUUGCUCAGGCCUGCAUGAGAAUGCGCAAACUGGGCGCCGGUCAAACGGUUGUCUUUUGCGUCCCUCAGGAAAUCGAGAUGCGCAUCCGGGAACAGCCGUGGCUUGGCUCCGGCCCAAUCGAAGUCAGCGACAUUUUGUGUUGGAGCAUUCGCGAAACCUGGACCGACUGCCAGCAGUUAAUCGGGGUCUGGGCCGUCCAAGGAAAGAGAUAUGAGAGACAGCGAAUCCUCUGGGGGCAGUCAAGAGAUGACGAGAGGCUCUGUCUGAGCAAGGAUCUGGCCGAAAAGUUCCUGGAAAACGAGGCGCAAACCCUCGAGAGCCGGUACAAACCGGACUAUGUCGAACCUCCAAGCAUUGCAGAGCUGCCAGGAGAUCCCAGCAACUUGGCACAGAUCGUUGAGCGGUGCCAAAAGUUUCACGUCCAAAUCCAGACUGCAUCGUUGCAGGAACAGCAGGAACGAGAGCUGGCUCCCGAGCUAGAGGAAGAAUCUCAAGUUCAACGGGUCGUGGACGCAACACCAGCUGAUCACAGACUGCACCCGAAAGUGAGGGAAUUCAUCGAGAAUGGUUGCUUGCCUCCGAGCAACAAUGGCUUUCUAUGGGCCUUUCAGACUCUGGAGAACACAACAGCAGCCACACACUUCGAUGUCCGGAAGUUUCCUCGCCAGCUGCGAUGCACUCAUGACUUCGCCAGCACUGUCAAGGAAGGGGCGCCAUCAGACGCGUACCAGCGUGGGGUCCAAUUCGUUUUGACUAGCCACAAGGCCGAGAGAAGGGAGACGAUCGUCGUCCUCAUAAGUCCUUAUGAAGCAGAAAAGCUCUAUGCCUCGAUACAGGCUUCGGAGCACGUGCUACUGAGACUCUAUGCGCCUCGGCAGAAUCAGGUUUACGCGCCACUGAACCUCGACCUCUUCCACAUUGGAAAGGCACCAUCCAACCACCCGAUUCCACGCGAUCUCAUGAUUCAGCUGAACCUCUUUGCUGGCCAGCUGUGGUUUGACUCAUAUCAAGAAUACGUCGACGUCUGCCAAUACUUAUGUUUAACUUCGGGAGACCCAGCCGACGGCGACGACGCGGCAGUCGACGGCUUCAUUGAGCCGGGAAGACGAGUGCGCCCGCAUCGCGGCUGGACAAACUUUGCCGAAAGCCCCGUGCAGUUCCUCAAGGUACUCAUGGCCAAGAUCCGAUACAGUGGCAACUCAAGCAUCGAGCGGACACAUGUUGGGAAGAUGCUCAACGGCGUGAUCCUGACCGAGGACGACUUUGAGCCUCGGCCGAAGAGAAAGGCGGAGAGCCAGCUGACUCGCGAGGACGAUGCAGAGAUAAGACUCUUUGUUCGUGAUGUUGUCGAGGUGGGGAUGGAUGUCAGGCUGGAUGAAACUUGGAGCUAA